CGCCUCCUUCCCCUGCAAGCCUUCCCCUCCCCUUCCAACUUCCAUAUCCCUCCAAACCCACAGCUUGCCCACCCCCCCCACAACCAAACCCCAAACCCCUCGGCGCCGUCACGCACGCCUCCCACGCGUGCCGCGCCGCGCCGUCACGCCCUACGCGAUGCCCCACCUCCGCUCGCGCGCCAAGGCGGCGGCGGCGGCCGCCUCCCCGUCUUCGCCGCCGGCCGGUGUCCCGCAGGGCACCCCCGCGCCGUCCCCGUCCACCUCCCUCCGCCUCGGCCUCGGCCCCGCCUCCCCCGACGACGACGGCUUCGGCCUCAAAUCCCCGGCCGCGGCGCCGCCCCGACGCAGCCUGCGCCUCGCUGGCGGCGCCGCCGCCGCCGGCACUCCCAACACCCCCGCCGCGCGAGACGGCGGUUCCUCCGGCUCCGGCUCCGGCGGGAGCGUGAAGCGGACGGGGAGGGCCCGGGCUCGGGCCUCCGCGUCUUCCCCUUCCUCCGCCUCGCCGCGGGACGGGAACUCCGGGAGCGAUGGCGGCGGGGCGGGGACGGAUGGGGCAUCUGCGGGCGGCGGUCCCGACGGCGCGGUGCCAUUCAUGAGCCUGCGGUCGGGGUCUCGGAUCGCGAAGCGGCGGAUGGAGGCGGCGGGCGCUCAGGCGGACGGGGAGGCGGGGCCUGGGUCGUCGGCAGGUGGAGGUCAGGUGCACGACGGAAUGCUGCGCCGGGCCGCGGGCGCACCGACGAAGCGGCAGCGGAGCAUAUUGGUCGGGGGAGUGGAAACGGAGUAUGUGGCUGACUCGGAGAGUGACUCCGACGAGGACAGCGUCAUGCUGGGGCAGGAUGGCGUGAAGAUGCCAGUGGCACAGGUACGCUCUGGUCCAAGCGAGGUGGAACUGAAUGCUGCUGCUGCUAUGAACAUGGAUAUGAUUGAAGUGGGGGCUAGGGAUGAUCCUGCCAAGGCAGGCAAUGGGGAACCCACGGAUAAUUUGGUAUGGAAGGAAGUUGUUUGUGGGGUGAUUGAGCAGUUAUCAUAUCCUGUGGGAAGUGCUUCAAGUCCUGAAGCAGAAAGGUUUGCGGAUAUGUAUUUCAAGGAAGAGUUGGGCCAAUACAAUCCUAGAAAGGAAGGCAAUGUCAAAGAGAAGCUAGUGUUGGGGAACAACAAUUCCCGUGCUGAUGCUAAUGUGGGCAGUCAAGUUGGUACCAGUUCCCGCAGAUUUGGUACUGAUAGUAAAGGAAAGGGGAAGAUGGCUGCAGAAGAUAGUUUAUCAUCUCUGAACUCAAGUGAGGAUGAGUUUGAUUCGGAACCAGUGAAUUCUAAAGAGAGGGUAGUAGAAGAUAGUUCAUCAUCUCUGAGCUCUAGUGAGGAUGAGCCGGAUUCGAAACCAGUGGAUUCUAAGGAGAUUCAGAACAACUCAGGAUCGGUUGCUGCUUCUGCUUCUGCUUCUAUGGAGCCACUUCGCAGGCAAGCAGCAAGAGAGCGAGCUAUCAGGCUGGCCCCUAAGUUUGCAUUCUUCAAAGCAGAUAAAGAUGAACAUAGUGAAGAUGAUGAGGAAGAAGAGUUAGAGCCUGGUGCUGCCCCUCAGGACUGGCCUGGUCCAUUUGCAACUGCUGCCAGGAUAUAUGAAGAGAGGGAAGCUAAGUUGAGAGCUCGAGAAUUGAAUUCUUCAAAGGUCGACAAGUCUGCUAAUAAGGCCAUCGUUUGGUCGCCUUCAAAGGAUAAGAGAAAUCCAUUUCCAGCUCGGGCUGCCCCAUCACUUACAAGCUUAUGCUUAAAUACUCUUGCAGAACAUUCUGAAGGUAUUGAAUCACUUGGAGGUAUCCCAGAGGAGCUAAAGCACAAGCUGUUAAAGAUUCUGUGUCAUUCCAGGAGGAUGAAUACCCAUCUUCUCAAUGAACUCAUGUGUGAUAGUCCUACAGAACUGCAUCUCAGUGAGUGUUCAUGGCUGAGUGAUGAUGACUUUGAGAAAACUUUUGGAAAAUGCAACACAGAUAGCUUGCAGGAUCUACAGCUCGAUAUAUCUGGAAGAUGCAUGCCUGACUACAUAUUGCCAACUACCUUGGCUAAGGCUCCUAACUGCAUGCCGCUGUUGAGAAAAAUAUCUCUUAAGGGAAAUUAUCGUCUUUCUGAUAAUGGCUUAGACACAAUUAUCUCUGCCGCACCUUCUCUGAGCUCACUAAAUUUGUGCCAGUGUUCUCUUCUCACUUCAUCUGGAAUAGUUAUUCUUGCUGACAAGUUACAUUCAGUACUUAGAGAACUAUAUAUAGAUGACUGCACAAACGUGGAGGCUAUGACGAUUCUUCCUGCUCUACAGAAGAUUAAUCAUCUAGAGGUUUUGUCAAUGUCUGGAAUACAAUCUGUGUGUGACAAGUUCGUGAAUGAGCUCAUUCCUGUACAUGGUUCGAAUAUGAAGGAACUAGCAUUUGCUGGUUGCUUGAAACUUACCUCAUCUUCCAUCAAGACUAUCGGGGAGAAUUGUCCACAAUUAAUUUCUUUAGAUCUCCGCAACUUGAAUAGGUUGCGUGACUCAGCAAUGAGGCAUCUUCGCAAUGGUUGCAGGCUAAUAAGGAAACUGAAGCUUCAAAGAAACACAUUCAGUGAUGAAGCAAUGUCUCGAUAUUUGGAAGAAUCUGGAGGAUGCCUAACUGAGUUGAUGCUUAACAGUGUUGAGAAGGUUGGAGACCUUACUGCUCUUGCAAUUUCCCGCAAGUGCUCUGUUCGGUUGGAGGCUCUGGAUCUUUCCUUCUGCCGUCAACUGACCAAUGAAGCUUUGGGGUUGAUUGCCGACAGCUGCCCAUCGUUGAGGAUUCUCAAGCUAUUUGGUUGUACCCAGAUCACAGAUUUCUUCCUCAAGGGCCACUCAAAUACAUCAGUGAAAAUCAUCGGGAUAGAAGGGAGCAUACUGGAGCAAAUUGAUAGCCGUUAGUUCGUGCGGAAAAGGGCGCACUCCCCUGACCAUUCUGUUACCUAGCCUAGGAAUCGAGACAUCGAGGGCCUGAAUGUGGCUGCAGCUUCCAGUGGGGAAUAUUUUGCCAACCUACCCUGCUGGAACCAGUUAGAUGUCCUAUAGGAAACUAUCUGGAAAUGCUUUGAUUUUUCUACAGUUAGCCUCAAACAGUGGAAAAUCCGCUGCUGCAUUAUGCAAACAAUUGAAAGAAAAUUUUCGUGUUAGAUGGUUAUGAAUGGAUAUUCAGAUCAUUUUCGUUUUA